GCUCAAUCGUGCGUGAGAAGAAAAUGGCACCAAGAAGCAGUAAGGGAAAGACGAAGGGAGAGAAGAAGAGGAAAGAAGAGAAAGUUCUUCCAGUGGCUGUGGACAUCACUGUGAAGCUCCCAGAUGAGUCUCGUAUUAUCUUGAAGGGAAUAUCAACGGACAGGAUUAUCGAUGUUCGUCGGCUUUUGUCCGUGAAUACAGUUACUUGCAAUAUUACCAAUUUUUCGUUAUCUCAUGAGGUCCGAGGGCCACGAUUGAAAGACACGGUGGACGUGGCUGCGCUAAAACCGUGCGUUCUAACAUUAGUGGAAGAGGACUACGACGAGGGUGGUGCGGUGGCGCACAUUCGACGGCUGCUGGACAUUGUGGCCUGUACGACCUGCUUCGGUCCUUCGGGGACUAAAGAGACAGCAGCAGUCGCCUCAGGAAAGGAUUGCAGGUGCGAGGCCGGGAAGUGUGCAGGGGUUGGUGGUGGCCAUGGCAAUGGCCAUGACAAUAAGACGCCAAAGCAAUCCACCAAAUCCCAGACAAAGCCCUCUUCUCCGUCUCCGACUCUUACUUCUUCUUCUUCAUCGAAAGAUGUCUCCAUUGACGGCGAGGGAGAGAUCAGCGGUGCUUGCCCUAAGCUUGGUAGCUUCUACGAGUUCUUCUCGCUUUCCCAUCUCACACCUCCGAUUCAAUUUAUAAGGAGGGUGACAAGACAGCAGAUCGACGAGAUUCUACCAUACAAUCUUCUUUUCUCAAUUGAAGUGAAGCUCUCCAAUGGGAAGCUUGUUCUUGUUGAAGUUUGCAGCAAAGGAUUCUAUAGUGUAGGAAAACAGCGGCUUCUGAGCCACAGGCUAGUUGAUUUGUUACGGCAGCUUAGUAGAGCCUUCAAUAAUGCCUAUGAUGAUCUCAUGAAAGCAUUCUUGGAACGCAACAAGUUCGGAAAUCUGCCUUAUGGCUUCCGUGCCAACACAUGGCUUGUUCCUCCUGUUGCAGCACAGUCGCCGUCAGUUUUUCCUUCCCUCCCAGUGGAGGAUGAAAUGUGGGGGGGCAAUGGAGGUGGUUUAGGAAGAGAUGGAAAAAGUGAUUUGAUCAGUUGGGCUCCUGAAUUUUCAUUUCUUGCAUCUAUGCCUUGCAAAACAGCGGAGGAGAGGCAGGUCCGGGAUAGGAAAGUUUUCCUCCUUCACAGCCUCUUUGUAGAUGUAGCAAUUUUCAAAGCAAUUUCAGCCAUAACAAGGGUAAUGGAAGAACUGGAUCCAACCACUGUGGUUGGAAAAGAUAAUAUUUGUUAUAGUCAAAGAGUGGGGGACCUAAGCAUCACUGUGAAGAAAGAUGCUCUUGAUGCUAGUUUGAAGGUAGAAACUAAGAUUGAUGGAAAUGAAACAAUAGGAGUGGACCUCAAGCGUCUGAUUGAGAGAAACCUAUUGAAGGGGAUUACUGCAGAUGAAAAUACUGCAGCCCAUGACAUUGCCACUCUGGGUGUUGUCAACGUAAGAUACUGCGGUUAUAUUGCAGUAGUGAAAGUUGACAAGAUUGAGAUUGGUGAAGUGGGUCCAUUUCAAAGCAUUGAAAUCAUUGAUCAACUGGAAGGAGGCGCCAAUGCCCUCAAUAUUAACAGUUUGAGGUUGCUUCUUCAGAAAGAGCCAACUUCAGAACAGAAUAGAACAUCACGUUCACAAAAUUUGGAACUUGAAGAGCUCAAUGCUGCCCAAUCUUUUGUGAAGAGAGUGUUAGAGGACAGUGUUGCCAAACUUCAGGAAGAGGAAGUAGAAAGAGACAUUUUUGUGAGAUGGGAACUUGGAGCUUGCUGGAUACAACAUUUGCAAGAUCAAAACAAUGCAGAAAAGGAUAAGAAACCAUCCAGUGAUAAGGCUAAAAGUGAAGCAAAGGUUAAGGGAUUGGGGAAGCCCCUUAAGCUCCUUAAGAACCACAAGAAGAAAUCAGAUGAGAGCAAACAGAAGAUGCAAUCUGCGGAUGGCAAAACUCCAGCGGAGGGUGCUUCUGCAGAAGCUGAAGAUGCUCAGUUGGCCUCUGCAGAAUCUCACGUUGAAAGCAAAGCUGAUGAGAAUGAGCUUGCAUUGAAAGGGAUUCUCUCUGGUUCAGCUUUUACACGGUUAAAAGAAUCAGCAACCGGGCUUCAUCGUAAGUCUUUGCAUGAACUAAUUGAGAUGUCUCAGAAAUAUUAUGAUGAAGUAGCUCUUCCGAAGCUGGUUGCAGACUUUGGCUCACUGGAACUUUCACCAGUCGAUGGUCGGACUUUGACUGAUUUUAUGCAUACUAGAGGUCUUCGGAUGUGCUCACUGGGGAGUGUUGUUAAGCUGUCAGAAAAUUUAUCACAUGUGCAGUCACUCUGUGUGCAUGAGAUGAUAGUAAGAGCAUUCAAGCAUAUUCUGCAGGCUGUGAUUGCUGCUGUCAUCAAUAUUGAGGACAUGGCUGCAUCAAUAGCUGCCGCACUAAACCUAAUGCUUGGGGUCCCAGAAAAUGGUGAAUCCCAUUGCUCGUGUAGUGUGCAUGCCCUUGUGUGGAGGUGGCUGGAGGUUUUCCUGAUGAAGAGAUACAAAUGGGAUAUCAGCAACUUAAACUACCGAGAUGUCAGGAAGUUUGCCAUCCUACGAGGCGUAUGCCAUAAGGUGGGUAUUGAACUAGCUCCCAGGGAUUUUGAUAUGGACUCUGCAAACCCUUUCAGGAAAGUGGACAUUAUUAGCUUGGUACCAGUGCAUAAGCAAGUUGCUUGCUCAUCUGCAGAUGGGCGGCAACUUCUGGAGUCUUCAAAAACUGCUCUAGACAAGGGGAAGCUUGAAGAUGCUGUUAGCCAUGGGACAAAGGCUCUAGCAAAGCUAGUAGCAGUUUGUGGACCCUACCAUCGGAUGACAGCGGGAGCCUACAGUCUUCUGGCUGUUGUUCUCUAUCAUACUGGAGACUUCAAUCAGGCCACCAUUUAUCAACAAAAAGCUCUGGAUAUCAAUGAGAGGGAGCUAGGACUUGAUCACCCUGAUACAAUGAAAAGUUAUGGGGAUCUUGCAGUAUUCUAUUACAGGCUUCAGCACACAGAGUUGGCUCUCAAGUAUGUAAAGCGUGCACUCUAUCUUUUACAUCUUACUUGUGGCGCAUCUCAUCCAAACACUGCUGCUACAUACAUUAACGUUGCAAUGAUGGAGGAAGGACUUGGAAACGUCCAUGUUGCCCUUAGAUAUCUUCACAAAGCUCUGAAGUGUAAUAAAAGAUUACUGGGCCCAGAUCAUAUCCAGACUGCAGCAAGUUACCAUGCAAUAGCUAUUGCACUCUCAUUAAUGGAAGCAUACCCCUUGAGUAUUCAGCAUGAGCAGACAACCUUGCAAAUUCUCCGAGCCAAGCUGGGGCCAGAUGAUCUGCGUACUCAGGAUGCUGCAGCUUGGCUUGAGUACUUUGAGUCUAAGGCUUUUGAACAGCAAGAAGCUGCCCGAAAUGGAACCCGUAAGCCUGAUACAUCCAUUGCUAGCAAAGGCCACUUAAGUGUGUCAGAUUUGCUUGAUUACAUCAAUCCUAAUCAAGAUGCCAAAGGAAGAGAUGCUGAUGCAGUGAAGAGGAAAGGCCUUAGCACAAAGGUUAAGGAAAUAUCCUCCCAAAAUUUUAGCUUUUCAAGUUCUGGAGAAUAUCUAAAAGAUUCACACACAACAAAUUCGGACGAGGAGAAACAGGUCCCUGAACCUAGAAAUGAUGAAAAAGAGAGUCAGGAAAGCAUUCCACCAAUUCAGUCAGAGCAGACUGUGGCAGAAGAAAUUGUAGAGGAGAAGCACAAGAAUGUCAAUGAAGCACAAACAGAAGCAAAUGCUGAGGGAGAAGACGGAUGGCAACCUGUCCAAAGGCCACGAUCAUCUGGCUCAUACAAUCAACGUUUAAGACAGAGAAGAACAAAUGUUGGCAGGGUAUAUAAUUAUCAGAAGAAGGAUGUAGUUGCUGAAACAGAUCAAUUUAGAGCGAAGAACACUUAUCAGAACAGCCGGUAUUACAUACUAAAGAAACGAACCAUUACUCCUGGGAGCUACAUAGAUUAUCAUCCUGCAAAGAGCAACACUCCAGCUACUAAAUUUGGUCGGAAAAUAGUCAAAGCUGUAACAUACAGGGUUAAAUCAGUGCCUUCGUCUGCCAAAGCUGAAAUAGCAGAUAAUUCUUUGAAUGGAGGUGGAGUAUCCAAUCCUAUUCUUGAACCUGGACCCUCUUCUGCACCAAAUGAAGUCACAUCAGUUCAACAGAGCAAUUCAGUAGUUAAUCAUGGCAAGUCUCCUUCUUACAAGGAAGUAGCACUUGCCCCACCAGGCACCAUUGCUAAGAUGCAAGUCAUUAAGUCCCAAAAUGAUCUUCCAGGUAAUGAUGAGCUGGAUGUUGGAAAACAUGAAGAGGAAGAAAAUAAACCGCAGGAAAAGGUGGUACCCUUGGCAUUCGAGGUAGAAAAAACCAUGGAAGAGAAGACUGAGAGUUGCGUCCCAGAAACCAUGGAAGAGAAGACUGAGAGUUGCAUCCCAGAAACUGUGAUCCACUUAAACGAUGAAAUUAAAAUUGUUGAGAGGCAAGAAGAAACAAAACAAGAGGAUGAAAUGAGAGAUAAAACUUCUAAGAGUGUAUAUCCAGUUACGGAAGUGUAUGCAUUAGCCAUCAUUGAGGAUCGUGGACUGUUACAUGAGAGCAACCAAACUGACAAUAGUGCAAGUUCCAGCAAUGAAAACAUCCAAACUGAUAAAAGUGCAACUUCCAGCAAUGCCUGCAUUCAAACUGAUAAUAGUGCAAGUCUCAGCGAUGCACUAAAGGAAGAUCCUUGUGAAAAGGCUACAUCUAGCAUUGUUGAGCCUGGGGAUAGUUCUAGCUCUGCAGUUCAAGGAGAGGAUCUGAAGGGGAAACUCUCGACUACAAAUUCUGGUGAUACACAAGACAUCCCCAACAAGAAGUUGUCUGCAUCAGCAGUCCCAUUCAACCCUUCUCCAGCUGUUGUCUGUGGACCACCAGUGGCCAUGAACAUGAAUCUUGCCUCCGUUGCUGGUGCUGUACCAGCUGUCGCUCCUUGGCCAGUGAACAUGACCAUUCACCCUGUGCGCCCCACUGUCCUCCCAACAGUGACUCACAUGUGCUCGUCACCUCACCACCCAUACCCUUCACCCCCUCGAACCCCAAACAUUAUACACCCUGUGCCAUUUAUUUACCCUCCUUAUACUCAACCGCAAGCAGUUCCAACCAGCACCUUUCCCAUGACUAGCAGCCCAUUUCAUCCUAAUCACAUUGCAUGGCAAUGUAAUAUGAACCCAAAUGCAUCAGAUUUUGUUCCUGGCAUUGUGUGGCCUGGUUGUCAUCCAAUGGAAAUUUCUGUCUUGCCACCUGUUGUUGAGCCAAUUGCUGACCCUGUGUUGGAGCCAAAAAUGCAAUCCAAUAAUCUUGAGGCAAUGAUUUCAGCUUCAACUCUACCAAUCGAUAGCGGGGAAGAGGAUGAAGCCAACAAAAACAUGGGUAAUCUAGCAAGCGAGGUCCAAGAGAGUGGGGGCAAAGUAGCUGAAAAUGGAUUGGAAAAUAAGCAAGAAAAUGACAACUCAAGAUCUUGUAGAGGUGAAACAGAUAAAAGUGAACCAACUGAUGGCAGCGAUCUAAAUGAGAAGUCAGAAGACAGUGUUGAGAAAGACGUGUCAAGACACAGUCAAAGGAUUGAUGGAGAGGGAAGCUUCAGCAUUUUAAUUAGGGGACGUAGAAACCGAAAACAGACACUGCGAAUGCCUCUAAGUUUGCUCAAUAGGCCAUAUGGAUCACAGUCCUUCAAAGUCAUUUAUAAUAGAGUAGUCAGAGGGAGUGAAACUCCCAAAUCUAGUAUCAUCUCUUCUAGUGAAGGUUGACUACUAGAAAGUUGAUUCCUUUAUUUUAUCCUCAAUACAAGAUACUGGAGUAUAUGGUUCGUACUGGUUUGGUUCUCGCAUGAUAUCGUACCUUGGCCAAGCAUGGGGAAUGAAUACAGAUGCCGACAGCAGUGAGCUGAUCCCUGUUCCACGAAUAUGUACUGUUGAAGAAGCAAAAGGCUUUUCUGUUUAAACAGGCUUACACUAAUCUGUUUUGAAUUUUGGAGAGAUGUCUUAGGGCAAGAGCUUUUCGUUUCCGUAGGACUUGUUAAAUGACUGAUUCUUGAUUUAAUUUUUUAUGAAAUUGAAUUGGGUUUAUCAGCAGGUAAUUGUCUUUUUCAUCAUAUAAAACAAGACCUGCUUCAUAUUGUUUAUUUAGUGCAAAAUUGUUGCCAAAACAAAUAAUGACAAUUUUGAAAUGUUCAAAUUAAUGAUUAACUGUUUAUCAGAA